GCAUAUGGUGUGUUCAAUAUGCCUUUAAACUUACUUACACAUUCACUGAUUUCUCAGAUGAGAUCAUAACUUUUUGCUGCGGAAAAUAUAUCCAAGGUCGCAUUUGAUAUAAACAUAUACACACGGCCAUCAGUCAUCGGAAUCAUCUCGGGUAAUUUGAACUAUAGCUAACGUCUGCAUCUCUUGUACCUGAAAUUGAUCUGUGAAAAUAUCGUAGAAGAUGAGCUGAUGAUGCUCGAAAAGAACUAGUGAAGCAAAUGGUUAAUAAGACAAAUGAUUAAUGGAAAUACUUCCAAGUAGUGAUUCGAAAAUUAUUGCAAAUAUUUAGUAGAAGGAUCGAAGAAUGAUUGAAGAAGUUCGCGGUCAUUAGCAGACUGUGUCGAAAACAGAAGAAAUUUAGUUAUCUAGUUAUCUUUGAAAUAUUGCACACCUUGUUGAUAAUGGCGGUUUUACUAUCCUUCCAUCAACUUAUUGAAAAGGACUCCAGGCGUGUCAAUUAUUGCUGGAAAACAUCGAUCCUCGUAGUACUAUUCAUGGCCAUUUCAUCUAGCUUAGUGAUCACUUUCAGCAUGCAAUCUUUGGAGAAGAGCUUUCAUCAGAACUGUUUUAUGGGUGCCAGUUUAAAUUUCAUAACAGUUCAAAGUUCCAGUUUACUUGAGUUUUUACAGAAAACACACUCAUCUAGAGAGAGACAAAUGUUAUACAAUCUGAUUCGAGCAGCACCAGAAGGAGAAAAAUCAGAUAUUAUAAAUGAAUUCAACAGCACAUGGAGUAAUCAAGAUUUUUGCGAGUAUUUAAAGUUUACUCCAUUAUUUCACGCAAUGGUUAGCGUGAUUUGGUUGGCGCUUUUCAUUAUGCAUGGUCCAGGCGGUGAAGGUAUUGGCAGCAUCAUCACCAAACCGUGGAGGAUCGUGUUUCCCUCAUUGAUAUUUUUCACGAUAUGUGGCAUUUCCGCGUUUGUAUGUGCCACUUUAAGUAGUGAUGCGUUGGCCGAGUUCUGUGAAGAAUUCAGCAAAAUUGAUAAUGAAAGAGAAGUAAGUUGUGCUCGAAUGAUUACGUAUUUCUCUCUACGGCAACACAACGACUUGAUACUACCGGAUAAAAACUACUACCUCAUUGCAUCGUUCCCCUGGAUCUGGGUGGGGAGCUACAUUUGCGGUGUUCUAAUUAUGCUCCUGCGUAUUAUGCUGGUUGUUGACUUUCAGCUAAUACGAAUUGUUGUUUCCAUAGUCGAAACGGGAACCGAAACUGAAAGUGAGGAACAUGUUGUUGAGAUUUUAGAUGAAAGUGACAAAGACUCUCAAACAAUAAUCACCGAGAAAAACAGAUACAGGCAGACAGAAUUUUAGUUGAACGUAAUAAAAAUGAUAUGCAAUUUAUAAUUGUAAUUUAUUAGUGAACAAUCGGACUGUCUCAACAACCAAUUUCUGCAACCUAUGUGCAUUAGCUGCAUACCUAUUUUCUAACCGUUGCUAUUUUCGGUAUGUGCAGUAUGUUGGUCCAGAUUGUUCCUAUAUACACAAACACAACUGUACAUCCAACUUUUAGUUUGUCCAAACCUAUUAUACAUUAUCCUACCAUCGCGUGACUCAUCGUCACUAAAACCACUAAAAUCGUACUAAAUCAACGUGUCUUAUUUCUGGUCUCUUUUUUGUAUUCUAUGUCUGAAGCGGAUAAAUCGACUAUGAGUGAAUAUAGGACAGGAUCCGCCAGCUGGCUUCUUUUUCCAAUCCAAAAACCUCUUAUUUUUACCCCCGUUGAAAAUUUAACAACACUGCACUAUGGUACCAAAGCUGUAUUUAGGAAGACAAAACUAUUUUAGAUAUAUAGUAGCUUCGGCAAACUUUCUCAGAACUAUCUUGCCGAUUUUUUUAUAUUAGUUGAAUUAGGGUGGUUCUUGUGAUUAGGGUGCCCAAGUUUCAACUUUAAAGUUAUUUAAAAUUCAGCUACGUAACAUUCUACAAAUCAAUCAAAUUGAAUCAACUUUUCUGAGGAAACUAUCUUGGUUUAUGUGUUAUGAUUUUUGCAAUAUUUAAAGUAGAGUGGAUCUUGAAAAAUUGGUUUUAUAUUAAUAUCUUUUUAUGUGUUAAUUUCAUGCAAAUACUUUACUCAA